UCCCGUUUCUUUGCCGCACCUAUUUACUUACGCCCACACUAUCAAGCGAGUAGGUAAGAAAUGAAGCCACUUCUUGUUCUUUUUCUAUGUCUUCUGAAAGGAAUUAAUGCUGAACUUGAAGUUAGUAUUCAUCGUAUUCCCGAUCAACCGAUCCAGUUAUACUCUGGGGGCAGUGUAGUGCUAACUUGCACUGUCACAACAAGUUCUCCAAACAUCACUGUAACUGUGGAAUGGUUCAAGAGUUUGCAGUCACUACAACACGUCACUAACAGUAUACACUUAUCUCCUCCUUAUCGACUACAAGAACAUAUAUGGCAGUCAAGUAUUGAUCUUAGAGUACUCACUGUCCAAUUUUCCGGUUGGUAUUACUGCCUUGCGACAACUGUUGAUGGUAGUUCCACUCAAGCUGCAUAUUAUCAAAUAAAUGUGGAGGAAUCUGGUAAUGAAAUUUCUGAUAUCACUUUGCAUGAUACAUAUUCUAUAGGUAACAAAGCAACUGUUGAGUUAUCAGUUUCACCAACUUCACUAUAUGCUCAAGUACCUUUUACUGUUACUUCAAUCCUGCAUUUACCAGCAGUCAUAUCUCCACAAGUGAGAGUGGAAUGGUACAGGAAUGGAAUGAAGAAGAACAAUGAUGAUGUUAGAACUUUCUUUGUUAAUGCUACAACAGUAAACAGUGUUCUACAAGUCACAGAGCCUUUUCCAGCAUCUGGGAUUGCAUACACUUGUGUAUUCAAUGCUGAAAUGUAUGGAACUAGCAUAUUCAGUUUGAAUGGGUCAACCACUGGAUUGAGCAUUGAAAGUAAACCCACUCCUCAAGUAACAAUACUCUCCAAUGAGCCAAGCACUCCUUCUUCAUCUUAUAGUGUGACAUGCUUGGCUCUCGUGUUAGUCAAUGGGACACUGAAGCUAACAUGGAAAAAGGAUGGACUAUUAGUGAAAUCAGUUGAUAAUGUACAGUUAGGGCAGCCCAUGAAGACACAUAAUAGUACAAGCUUGAGGAUAAGAUUUGUCAAUGGGAUCAGCCAAGAAGAUGAAGGAAGAUACAUUUGCUCUGCUUCACUAGAAAUGAAAGAAUACGAUACCAUUUUAACAAAAACUGCUUCUAUUAAUAUUUUAACACCAACACGCAUUCUUAGCAUACAGACAAGAAGUAUACCGUCCAAUACUAAAUGGAUCGCUGGGAGUGAUGCCUCAUUACUGUGCACAGUACAGACUAAUAGAAAAGCUAAUGUUAGCAUAUCAUGGGAGACUAACACUGGGUCAAUCAGUACUAACCAUCGCUACUAUACUAAUGCUCUUACUAACACACUUUAUGAAAGUGUACUGGAGCUACAAUCAGUUCUUCACUCAGAGUUGUAUUACUGCAUUGUUUCAAUUAAUGGAUCCCCAAUGAGUGAGGAAUGGUACUAUCUCAAUGUAUUGAGCAGCAGCAAUUUUUCUACCAUCUCUGUGACACUACCUUCAUCAUCAGCAGCCCCUGCCAUAGGUGACCAGUAUAACCUCACUUGCACUAGUACUAGACCUAAUGAGCAAGUCAUGCCACUGGCAGUACACUGGACAAGAGAUAAUGUCAUACUUCAUUCUCACUACAUUUCAUCUCUUUUAUCUAAUACUACUCACGUCACGUCAGUCCUCUCUUUUGAGUCACUUCAGAUCACUGAUGGAGGGACAUACUUGUGUACAGUAACGUUUGAUAGGUUCUUUGGAGCAACACAGAGUACACAAGGAUCAGCUUCUGUCAAAUUAAAACUUAAAGCACCUCGUCCAAUAGUGACAGCAGUAGCAUCAUUUGACAACAAGAGAAUGACUUGUCUCAUUGAGUUUGAGAAACCACAUGAGGACAUAAGCAUUAGGAUUGACUGGCUGAUAGUACACAAUGAGAGACUGUACAUUGUUACUAGAGGAGAGGCUUUCGAAGGGAUCAUAUCUGACAUGGACACUACCGAGUGUGGCAGAGUGUACUCUCAAUAUAUUGAGACUGAGACUCUGUCAACAUACUCCAGUGUAGUGUGUCAAGUGAUGGUCAAUGGAUCAGGGAUUAUCAGUAGUGUAUCUAGAGCUAGACCUGAUGACACCAAUAUAGAUUCGUUGCUACCAGUAGAACCACAAAAUGUUCAUUUAAAAAGCGUUGGUAGUCAUUGGAUUCAAAUUGACUGGGAAGGUCAUACUCACUAUAGUUCAACUAGUUUUGUUAUAGAAUAUAGUGAAGUGGGGAGUGGCGUGAGUUAUUCCAUUAGUGUCAAUGAAUCCAGUGACAAUAGACUCUACACUGCAUUGCUAACUGAUCUACUACCAGCAACACAGUACACUAUACAAGUUAUAGCUAAUAGUAUUGUCGGGACCAAUAAAAGUGAUGUAUUAGAUUUCACCACCAAUGAAGCAGCUCCAUCUGGACCUCCACUCAAUUUCUCAUUUCAUUGGCUGACAAAAAAGUUGUGCAUAUUUGCUUGGUCAUCACCAGAUCCUGUGAAAGCAAAUGGUCUUAUCAUUGGCUAUAGAUUUCAAUGUUUCAAUAAUACUGGUCUCUUCCAUGAUCUUACCACUAAUGCAACGAGUGUCUCAGUGAAUGAGCUGUCAUUGAAUAGUAGCUAUACUUGUAGUUUAGCUGCUUUCAAUGGAGCUGGAGCUGGACCUAGUACUAUGAUUGUAUUUUAUACUGAUGAGAUCGGAGGAGAAGGAGGAGGGGGAGGAGGAGGAACAAGUGUUGCUGAAGGCACAAGCCAAUUGUUUAGCCUGACCCUAUACACAAUUGCUCCAAUCUCUGUGCUAUUGAUAAUGAGUAUUGUAAUCAUUUCUGUAUUGGCAAUGACUGUCUGUUAUUAUAAACAAAAAUAUAAGAAGAGAAUGUCCUUUGUAAUGCCCAGUGAUGAUCACUCUUCUACUACAUCAUUCCAAACAACCACAAGGCCUACUCUCCCUGCUCCACUGGGAGCACCUGCACCUAAUGAACAAUCUACCCGCCAACAGCAACGCUAUGUGUCUAGUGAUACAAUACAACAGUUAUGUCACGGAAGACAAGAGGGACGGCAAGAUUGUACGUAUUUGUCCUCUCCUACCGAUAUCCCUAGUCCCUUUGAAUUAACUAGAAUCGAAUCUACUGUUUAGAUUGAUUAGUUUUUCCUAAUAAUAGAUUUAUACAAUUAACCACAAUAUUAAAAUUAUUAUUGUAGAAUGUUAUUUUAAGUGUUGCUGAGUCAGUGCAUAAUGACUAAGCAGGAAAACCCCCUUUACUUUCUAUAUAAUCCAGUGUAUCUAAGGACACUGUUACUUCAGAGAACAGCACAGAAAAAA